AGAUUGUACAAGGAAAACUAUGAGAAGACAAAGGCAAAGAGCAUGAAUUACUGUGAGACCCCUAAAUACCAACUUGAUACUCUCCUGAAGACCUUCAGCGAGGCUAAAUAUAAAGAUAAGUAUGUACAGAAUAUUCUGGGACAUUACAUAGGCAGUUUUGAAGACCCAUAUCAAUCACACUGCAUGAAAGUUUCAGCACAAAACAGUGAGAAAAAUUACAAAGCAGAAUAUGAAGAAGAUAAAGGGAAAUGCUAUUUCCCUCAGACAAUCACACAAGAAUAUGAAGCAAUCAAGAAGCUAGACCAGUGUAAAGAC